CUCUCUCUCUCUCUCAAACACACGAAUUUUCCGUUUUUACUCUUCCGAUUUUUCCCUUGGAAACUAUCUACACGUGCCAAUGGGUUACGAGAACGAUCCGUACCGAGACGAAGAUGGAGAGCCAUUGAUGGACUAUGACGAAGUCCAAUCCGAUCAAGAACCCCUAGACGAUCCCAGGCCCAACCUUCUCGAUGACAAUCUCGACGACGACGACGACGACGACGUUUGGCGUAGUCAACGGCGAGAGGAGAGGUCUCCGACACCGGUCUACAAUGAUUCCGAUUUGAAAUCCAAGCCUAGAAAACGAUUGAUUAAGAAAGCCACAUCCAGUAAAGAUACCACUGAAGAUUUUGAUAUUGAUGAUAAUCACAAUUUUGAUGGCGAUUACAAUGAUGACGUGCCGGGGCUCGUGAGGGAUGAUUCGGACGGUGAUGGUGUGACCUCGUCUGGAGGUGGUGGUGGGAAGAGGAAGAAGAUUGGGAAAGAUAAUGCUGGCAAGAAGAGAGAGAAGAAAUUGAAGUUGAAGCAUGGGGCUGUCAUGGGUGAGAAGAAGUAUAAGGUGAGGAAGAAUGGAGGGUAUCCAGGAGGGCGGUCAAGGGAUCAUGAAGGUGAUCCGGAGGUGAAGGAGAUGUGGGACACGAUUGCCGGUGGCGAUUCUGAGGAUGACCAAGAAGGUGUUAGGACACUGGAUGAUGAUAACUUCAUAGAUGACACGGGGGUAGAUCCUGAUGAUCGGUAUGGAAUCGAGAAUGAACCACACUCUCCCGGCGAUGCUCCUGAGGCAGAAGAGGGUGAAGAGGAUGAUGAAAUCAAGCAGCUCUUUAAGGGCAAAAAGAAGAAGAAAACUGAGAAAAGUGCUGCAGAAAUUGCAUUGCUUGUUGAAAGUGUCAUGGCUGAACUCGAAUUUGUGGCGGAAGAAGAUGCUGAACUGAAUAGGCAGUCCAAACCUGCAAUAAAUAAACUCAAAAAACUGCCUCUUCUUACAGAGGUCCUUUCAAAGAAGCAACUUCAACAAGAAUUCUUAGAUCAUGGGGUAUUAGCACUUCUGAAGACCUGGCUUGAGCCCCUGCCAGAUGGAAGCUUACCCAACAUCAAUAUCCGUGCGGCAGUAUUGAAGAUCUUGACUGAUUUCCCAAUUGAUUUAGAGCAGUAUGAUAGAAGAGAACAACUGAAGAAGAGUGGUAUUGGGAAGGUCAUAAUGUUCUUGUCAAAGUCUGAUGAGGAGACCACGGCCAACAGAAGACUGGCUAAGGAUUUGGUUGAUAAAUGGAGUCGACCAAUAUUCAAUAAGAGCACAAGGUUUGAGGACAUGCGGAACUUUGAUGAUGAAAGAGUUCUCUUCCGGAGGCCAUCUGUGAAGAAGUCAAUGAAUAAAGCUGCAGGAAUGGAAUCCAGAGAUGAUGAUCUUGAUUUAGCAGAAUUCUCACAGGAAUCAAAGUCUGGCCAGUCAUCAUCUAGACAACAUGCCUCCAGGCCUGAAGCUAUGACAAUGGAUUUUCUUGUGCGCCCUCAAUCAAAGAUUGAUCCAGAUGAAAUUAGGGCACGAGCUAAACAGGUUGUGCAAGAUCAGCGCCGGCUGAAGGUUGGUUCCUCUUCCACUCAUUGGAAACUUAAAUUUUUCAACAAAUCUAGGUUGAGAGUUGAUAUGGAUAUGAAUGUUUUGCUGUUUAUGACUCUGUUUGUUGCUAUAAUGGAUGUUUGAAUCUGGAUAUAAAACUAUAAUGCUGAAUCCUAUAAGUAGACAAAAGUUCUGCUUAUCAAUGCUUUUAGAAACUCUCAUCUUGUGAUUAGCACAAUCUCUCUCUCUCUCUCUCUCUCUCUCUCGGCAUAGCUAUUUGCCUGCCUGUGUGUCUAUCCAUUGCACCAUUACGUUAUUAACAUUAUUGCCUUGUCAUUGGAUAAUUGUUUCAAGUGAUUUCUCCUUGUGUUUAACAUUUUUAAGAAUGAAUUACGUUGGCAAAUCUUCCUUAAUAACUCAUGAUCUUACUGGUAGUUUUCAUAAGUUUAGUUUCCUUUCAAAAAAAAAAUAAUAAUUAUGCCAGAAUGCUUUUAGACUGCCGAUUUUACCAUGAGGUGACUUGAUAUAUCUAAAGUUGUUUGCCCUUUAUGGAUUUUCUCUCUCUUUUAUCUUAUCAUUAUGUUAUCUAGUACGCAUACAAUGUUAGAAAAUCAUUGGUUAUUCUUUGAGGCUCAUGUUUCACCUUAUAGGGAGAGAUGAGUCGUACCUUGUGUAAGGGAGUAACCCUCGUUUCUACUGAUUUGAAAGCAAAAUUCUUAUUUGAUUAAGUGGUCCUCUACCACUGCACUCCAUGUUUAGUUUCAUGAACAAAAUAGAGCUCACCUGGGACCUGAAAUUCUUUUUGUGAUAUUGAAUUAUUUGACUUUGAAACUAGUUCAAAAGCAUUCCAGAGAAUACUUCAAAUAUGCUUACAUAAGUCUUCCACAUUUGCAUGAUAUAAUCUAUGUUUUUUUUGGGGGGGGGGUUUGUACGUUAUCUUCAAUAUGAUAAGAGGCCCAUUUUUUGGUGAUUCGUGCUCCUAGAUAUGUGCCGGACCUGCCAGUUAAGAUGCUUACGAAGAAGCCAUUGAUUGUAAAUAUUUUAAAGAUAGCUUCCUGCAAAAUAACUAGUAGAUUUGGAGAGGUUCACAUAUAUUGUGAAUGAUAUAUCUGGUGUUUGAAACUUUUAGGUCUUGUAUCACCAGAUGGAAAAGCAAGGUAAGGAAAUGAUAUGAUCAUUAUAUCUCAGUUACCGACUUACUGGCAAAUAAUAUGUGAUUUUCCUUUGUCUAUAUGUUCUCUUGUAAUUGUCGGUGAAGUGUUGGAUGUGGCAUUUCUUUUGCAUUCCUAGAACCAUGUCAUGCAUGGUACUUAAGUAUUUGGUUGAUUGGAAGGCAGUGCUUUAAUGAAGCUACUUGGGGAAAGUGGUUGUGGAUGUGUGGAUUGAAAACAACAGUUCACAGAGGUCUGUGAUUAAUGGUAAAUAUGGCAAGUCUAAGGGGGGAGUGUAAGACCCAUGAGGUGAAGUUCAAAAAUGAAGUUGAAAUGUGGAGGAACUCUAGGAAAGUGUGGGAGUAGUUGCCUUAAAAUAUUGGGGGUGUGGUGGGGAUAGGCAGUCUAUAUUACAAACUAAUAACAUAGGAUCUUGUUUGAAUAGACAACUGAUAAGUGCAUUCUACUGGUAAAAAAGUGCUAGAGGUUAUCUCAGUUUUUUUUUUCUAUUGGAAACUAUACUUUUAUUAGUAAAAAAAGAUCCAAGAAAGUACAAAAGAGAUUUCUUUGAAGUGGACAAGUCGUACAAACCAAAGACACAUCAAAAUAAAGCAAAAAAACAACAUAAACAAGACCCAAAAAACUACAUUGAACAUAAAGUUGGCUGACCAACUGGACGUAAUGCAUAAAAGGGGAAUAUUCUCAAACCCUUUAGUGGCUGAUGCCCAAAAGGGUGUCCGAAAAUAUAUCUGUUCCCAAAGAUGAGAUAUCUCAGAUGAUGUAGGACUGUAGUAGUUUGCAUGUUUUUUUCAACCUCAGCUAUGUGCCAGAUGUAGGAUGUCUGACAUUAUUCUUCGAACAAUAGGACAUUGGAGGUGCCCUAGUUCCUCAAGAUGUGGAGCUAAGAUUGGCAUCAUUAUUUCAUACUCCCUUAAUGCUGAGUUGGUUGUGGGUGGUUUGUGUAUUUUGGAGAUGUAUUCUAGUUUUCUUUUCAUACUCUCUGUAUUGUGUGUGCUUUGAGAUUUGAUUUUUAACAUAUACUGUCACUAGACUAAUUCAAAACGGAGGCUUAUUGUUGUGUUAAUGGCAGAUGAAUAA